AUGGGAUAGAAAUAAUCAAAAAAGGAAGGACUAGCAGUUGCAGGCUCAACUAGUGUCUUGACAACUGGCGCAGGCAUCACUUUAAUGGUAGUCGGUGGUCCUAUUGGAAUGGUAGCAGGAGGAAUAAUCUUGGGAGCUGGAGUAUCUGGAGCAGUUUCUACGACUUAACAAGCACUAAAUGACAGUGAUAGAUUUGAUUAUAAAAGAUGGGGGCUUUAAACUGGCAUUGGAGCUGCUGGUGGAGCAAUAGCAGCUCCAAUAUCAAUAGCUGGAGGAGCAUUGGCUGGAGCUGGAGGUGGUAUCGCCACUAGUACAGCUACUAGAAUUGGAAUUCAAGUUGGUGCUGAUAUGGCAGGUGGAAUUGCUGCUGGUGCAGGAACUAAAGUUAUUUCAAAUGCAGUUGAAGGUAAAAAAAUCUCUAAAGGUGUAUUUAAGCAAGCCUUGAUUGGUGGACUUACAGGAGGAGUAGCAUCCGGUGCAACUCAAGGAUUAAACAGUGUUAUUUCAACCACCUCCUCAAAUAUCGGAAGAGUAGCACUAUAGACAACAUCUGGGGCAAUAGUAAGCGGGACAACUGGGGCUCUAGGAGCUGUUUUAAAAAAUAUACUCAGUCUAAAGAAAAUAGAUAAGAGCUAGUUUAUUGAGUAUCUUAAAACCUGUGGGGCUGGACAUUAAACUGCAGCUGAUAUUUGGAAUGAACUGGUAGAAAUGGACUACAUCAAGCGUAAUGAAUUUACUCCUUAGUGCGAGCAUGGAAUUUGCUUGCCAAAAGAGUAUAUAUAAUAUAAAGAGGCUGUGAAUGAGAUAUAUCUGUUGUCAAAGGAUAUCUGGAGGGAUGUCUGGGAGACUGCUGCAACAUCAGCCGCUUUAGGAGGGGUUAUGACAGGAAUAACUUCCUCGGCCAGAGUUCUUCAUAAUAGAGAUGUAAAGCAAGUUAAUAAGACCGGACCAAAUCUUAUUAAGAAGAAACUGGUGCACCAAAAGGCUAUUUAGGGCUGCGAAUCUCAUGAUUUGCUUGAAUAUGAGAAUCAACAAGAGUGGUAGCUUAUUGAUAAUGAUGAAGAUGAAGGAUAUUUCCAUUGCCAUGUUGGCGAAUCCAAAUAAAUAGAUCAUCCAGAAGGUGAUCAGAUGUUAAUAGACUUAAUUGAUGAAAACCUAGAUUUUCUCGAAGUAGGUCAGAACAUAGAGAUUCAUUUUGAAAAUCAAGAUUAAUAUGAUUAUUUCCUCACACUUAGAAGAAGCGCUAUUAUCAAUUAUCAUGAAUAAGAACAAGAAUUGUAAAAAUAUAAAAAGGAAACUCGAAAAGAAGAUUUCUAUUGA